AUGGACGCACACUCAAAGAAAAAAGACGAGAAAUCUCUCAAUCCUGAGUAUGGCAACGAGACUAGGCUCUCUGAUCUUGACGGGGAUAUACCAAUCCUCCUGCCUCGUUGUUACCAUCCCGAUGCCAAAGGGAAAAUGGUCGAGGAGCCAACUGAGACUGCAGCGUCCUCGCCUACCUCUCCUUCGAGUCGCCAGCGGUUCUCCUUUACUCGUACAGCACGUGGAGUCGUAGAUUCAUUGCUGCCAGAGCCAUUGAAGCCACGAAAUGUCAAUCAGAAACAUCCAGUGAAGACGGAACCUCCCCCAGCAAAUCUUGCUAAUGCAAGAAUUGCGUCCAUUUACGACGCAGUAUUGCAACAGCCACGACCUUCUUCGUCAGUGUAUGAAGACGAUGAUCGUUGGCCGGAUUUGACCACAAGCAGUGGGAGUACCUGGCGUUACGAUGGUAACUCCGCAGGGACAGCCAACUCUCGACGGGUUCACGGGCUCGCCCGUCAAAACAUGCGUCCUGGCCCUGACACCUCGAAACCUCUCCCACUGGAACCUCCCAAUGCUGCCCACCUCAAAUCAGAGCGGUCGCACUACACUGAAGUUGACUCUUUUUCUCGACAGGAUUCACGUCCACUAACUGUCUUUCCUGGUGCUAGUUACUUGGAAGAUCGUGAACCUGUCUUGAAAACUGAAGACACCAAGACUAGCUUUCACACCUUUGAUCAGUUUCAGACAUCGUCCAACAAUAACAACAACAACAGCGACAUGUAUUCGCAGUUGGCGGCUCUUAGAGUCCCCUUUCGACGCCGUUACGCAGCUCGUCUGCCUUCUGAGGUUGACGAAUACGGCGAGAAAGCCCCUCUCUUACAAACUUCAGAAAGCACUGGCUCUGUUGCUACACAGAAAGAUCACGUACCUUUUGAUCCCAUCGAUCCAUAUCACCACAGUGGACAGCCAAAGAAGAAGGUCUUGUACGGUACGGAUGGCUAUCUCGGGAAGGACAAGGAUUGGAAACAGUCAAACUUGCAGAGGGUGACCGAGAAGAUGGGAUCGCUCAGCAAGCGCGUCAAGCACAGCAUUCAGCGCACAAUUGAGCGCGACCCCGAUGACAACAGAAUGGAGCUGCUGCACGGCAUCGUCAUGAAGCCAAGCAUCUCGAUCAACGUCGACCCAGAAUCUCAGUCGGAAAUCUACUCUAAGCUUGAACUAUUUCUCUGCAUGAGCGCCAACGCCUAUCUGCUCGUACAGCUGCAGAAUAACCGUUUUCUCGGUAACGACUCAAUCAAGCGAUUCGUCAAUUUCUGGAAGUCCAAGAACCGACCUGUCGUCCCCGAAUUCCAGUUCGAUCUUAAGACUCAACGCGAAAUCAUCGUGCACAACGUUCGUACCUUUGAGUUUCCUGGCAAAUACGGACUGGAUCCAGUGCUUUUGAAAGCUACUUUGGAUGCCUGGGGCAGCGUCGUCAAUCAGCUGAACGUUCGCACCUACUGCUGGCCCGAUAGCGCUAUUCGCAAGCUGUUCCACGACGUCGAACCCAUUCUCGAGGUGCUCGGCGCUUCUAGAGAUGUUAUCGCCACAUUCCUCGAAAUGAAGCAGGUAGUCGUGAGACUUGUUCAUCAGGCCAAGUACAACAAGAAGAUGGAGGCUCUUAAGCUCCAGCCUUCUCAGCGAGAUUCGUUCUAUGGCUGA